ACCUAAGAAGAUACGGGGAAAUAAAGCUUCGUCGGCGUUCGAAAAGAUGACCAGACGUGUUCAAUUGGCUAACAAGGUAGAUUGUGGAUACCGGGUUUCCCGCUCUAUCAAGAAAGUCAUAGGGAAAGAACUUAGAGGAAAAAAUGCCAUAUCCCACUGUGAUCCAACGACGAUUGCUAGUCAUCGAAAUCGCAUGUUUGAAAACGAGAUUGAACACAAUCACGCAACAGAAAAGGAAUUAAUAAUAGAUAGUUAA